GCAGCCGCCAUUUUCAAAUCCCCGGAUGAUGGCGGUAGCUGCUCUCUGCUAGAAGGCAACUUGCUGCCUCGCAGAAGCCGGCGGGCACCGUGCCCGCCACGAUCGGUCUCCUGGGCACUGGGCCACAGCCCCCACCCCACCCCCUCUCCGGACAUGGAGCCAGAGCCGGUGGCUCAGAAGCAGCCCCGGCCGCGGAGGAGAAGCCGCAGGGCCUCAGUGCUCAGCGAGGAACGAGCCGCGGGGCUUCCGGCGGACCUACCCCGGCCGGCGGCGAGCGAGAGAUGCUCCCUUCGGAGAGGCAACUCCUUCACAUUUUUAACCCCCGGCCCACACUGGGACUUAACUUUGAAAAGAAAACGAAAAGAGAAAGAUGACGACGUCGUAAGCCUUAGCAGCCUUGAUUUGAAGGAGCCAAGCAAUAAACGAGUGCGGCCUCUAGCCCGGGUCACGUCCUUGGCAAACUUAAUCUCUCCUGUAAGAAAUGGAGCAGUCAGGCGCUUUGGUCAAACCAUACAGUCGUUUACCCUUCGUGGUGACCACAGAUCCCCAGCCUCUGCCCAGAAGCCGUUCAGCAGGUCCACCGUCCCCACACCCACCAAGAGAAGAAGCAGUGUACUAUGGUCGGAGAUGCUAGACAUCAGUAUGAAGGAGUCCUUGACCACUCGAGAGAUCAAACGCCAGGAGGCAAUUUAUGAGUUGUCACGAGGAGAACAGGACUUGAUCGAGGAUCUCAAGCUCGCUAGGAAGGCCUACCAUGACCCCAUGUUGAAGCUGUCCAUCAUGUCGGAGGAGGAGCUCACGCAAAUUUUUGGGGACUUGGAUGCUUACAUACCUCUGCACGAAGAUCUGUUAGCGAGGAUAGGAGAAGCCACCAAGCCUGACGGGACUGUGGAGCAGAUCGGUCACAUUCUCGUGAACUGGUUGCCCGGCCUGAACGCCUACAGAGGCUACUGUAGCAACCAGCUGGCGGCCAAGGCUCUUCUGGAUCAGAAGAAACAAGACCCAAGAGUCCAAGACUUCCUCCAGCGCUGUCUGGAGUCGCCUUUCAGUCGAAAACUAGAUCUUUGGAGUUUCCUAGAUAUCCCUCGAAGCCGCCUCGUCAAGUACCCCUUACUGUUAAAGGAGAUCCUCAGACACACUCCCAAAGACCACCGUGAUGUUCAGCUUCUGGAGGAAGCAAUAUUUAUAAUACAAGGAGUUCUUUCUGACAUCAACUUGAAGAAGGGUGAAUCUGAGUGUCAGUAUUACAUCGACAAGCUGGAGUACCUGGAUGAGAAGCAGAAGGACCCCAGGAUCGAGGCGAGCAAGGUGUUGCUGUGCCACGGGGAGCUCAAGAACAAAAGCGGCCAUAAAUUGUACAUUUUCUUAUUUCAAGACAUCUUGGUUUUGACUCGGCCUGUCAUCCGAAAUGAGCGACACUCCUACCAGGUUUACCGGCAGCCCAUCCCGGUGCAGGAGCUGGUGCUGGAAGACCUGCAGGACGGCGACGUGCGCAUGGGCGGCUCCUUCCGAGGGGCCUUCGGCAACUCAGACAAAGCUAAAAAUAUCUUUAGGGUCCGCUUCCAGGACCCCUCUCCCGGCCAGUCCCACACACUGCAGGCCAACGACGUGUUCCACAAGCAGCAAUGGGUCAACUGCAUUCGCUCGGCCACCGCCCCGGUCCAGCGGGCCACCAGUCCCCCGGGCCUUCAGGGCCUGCCAGACCUCCACGAAGAGUGUGAGGAGAACAACCCUUCCGCUGGGAAUCUCAGAGCCCAGCGACGGUCAUGCCUGGCUCCUGGUGUCACGCAGGUAGACGACGGAAGCGCCCUAGAUUGUGGUUCCAGUGUACAGACGGCGGAAGACACCGGGGACAGGACGGCUCAGCGGCCUCAGCCUGGCUUACGGAGAGCAAGGGACAAAGUGCAGUCAGGUGGCAAAAAGAAAGAGACAUUGGUAUAAAGUGUGUAUUCCCUGGUGGGAACUGUUUAUUUAUAAAUGUGUAUAUUUCUUCUUGUAAUGGGAGCAUCAAGGGUUACUCUGUACCAGAAGUAAUGUGUCCAUGGUUUGGGUCUCUCUCUCUCUUUCUCUCUCUUUCCCUUCCUCUCCCCCCAACCCCCAAUCGUCAUGUUGUCGUCGUCGUUGUCGUUGUCGUUGUUAUUAAUGGCAGCUAAAGAUACACAGAUUACUGUUAAAUUGAAGACUUUAAAAAGGUAUCUUCAUGGAUUAUCUGGCACAUACCGACCUGGUACAUUUUAUCAGAAGAAGCGGGUGUUGAGCCGGUGUUGUCCUCACGCUGGGCUCACCAUGACUUUCCAGGACUGACCAAAUGUCACAGUGUUUGCCAGACUUAAACGUUUGCAAAUGCUGAAACUAUCAGUGUUCUUUGUUAAACCUCAAAUGAAGCACGGAAUUUUAAUAAUGGCACCUACAAUCUACAUGGAAGAGAUUUGAGUUUGAAAUCUUUUGUUUUUACAGCAAAGCCCUGCUUCCUUUUCCUUGGAGAACAAGCGCGAACCUUGAUCUCUUCCCCUUUGUCUCAACUGGAAUGAGCGCCGCCCGGGGCAGCCUCACUGCACGGGUCGCCUUCUCCAUUUAUUCUGCCAACUAUUUAAUUUUUUUUUUAUUGUAAAGUAGUUUUUACUAUUUGCUUUUAUUUUUUUACGUUGAUGCCUUUUUAAAUUGGCAUGUCCUUUAAGUUUUCUCCUAAUUUUGUGUGUGUGUGUGUGUGUGUGUGUGUGUGUGUGUGUGUGUGUGUGUGUCAAUUUUAUCAAGUGAAACCAAGCCAUAUUAUUUGAGCCAAUUAAGAAAACUGCAGUUUUUUACAGUGUAUCAUGUCAGGGUGGUGACGUCCCAUGAAAUGACUUAGUAUAUUCUAGAUUACUGAAAGGAACCACAGGAAGGGGUGGGUGGAAGUUUUUGUGUUGUCUGAAAAGAGAGAAGGCAGGAGACUGGGAUAGUGAAGGGAAGGGAAGAAAGGGAAGAGUAGCUUGUCUGAAGUAAAAUCGCCCGGCUGAGGCAGAGGAUGGCGUAGGAGCAGCCUGACUGAGGGAUACAGGAAGUCGCAGAAGGCAGAGGGGAGGUGAACUGUGUUUGCUUUGGUUUCUCAGACCUGCAAAUGCUGUGUUUGAAAAGAAGCUGUACAGUGUGUUGGAAAUGUGGCCAUAUUAGGUUAAUUCUGGUUGGUUCUCUUCACUUAAAAAAAAAUUGUGAUUCUUCACUGCAAACUGUUUGUGUUAAAAAUGGGGUCGUGUUCCUUAAAGGGGGGAGAAGGACAGACCCCGUGUCAGCCAGGGUGAUACUGGUGACCAGUUCAAGUCAUUGUUAACCAUUAUGUGAAAUAUAUCUCCAGUGGAAAUGAAAAUUGGAAAAGGCUGUAAAUAGAUCAAUCAAAUGAUUUCUUUGUAUAAAUGAAUUAUACAAUUAAAAAAAACAGCACACACAUAAGAACCCAAA